CAAGGUCCGAAACGCAAAAGGAACGAAACCCCCUAAUCUCCCGCUCCUCCCACUGGUCUCGGGGUUGCGGCGGCGCCGACGAGCCAUCACCGAGCGCGAUGGCGAGCUCGGCGCUGAGGCGGUCUCUCCCACGGCGCGUUACCUCGCUCCGCCGCGCCGUACCUUCCCACCCGCCGAGUGCCGCGGCAGCCGGCGCCGGCACCUUCCAUCGCUCCUUCCAGUCUGGGGAUGGAGAGACCAUGGACGAAUUCGAACAGCGCCUGUUUGGGAACAAGGGCCUGGACGAGGGGUCGCUCUACGCGAAGCUCGAUAGGGUUGGGAAUGCCGGUCGAAGAUAUGGCAUGGGCUCUGGGAUGGGUGGGUUCGGCAACAGGAGCAGCUCCGGGUCCAUGGGCGGUUUCGGUGGGUUCAGCGACAGGAGCAGCUCCGGGUCCAUGGGCGGUUUUGAUUCUUUGAACGAUGGCAUGAGUGAGAUGUUGGGUAAUGCGGCCCACAACUUCCAAGUUAGUGAUGAGGAGGACGAUUGGGACGAGGAGGAGUUUGAAUUCAGGCCGGACGUGCAGUUUAGGCGAGGUUCAACUUAUAACGUUCGGGACCUUGACCUUACAAGACCUGCAGCCGCAAAGAACCCUCCUAGACCACAGUUUGAAACAACUACAAAGGAGGUUUUGAGGAAGGCCGAUUUUAGGAAUGUUAGAUUCCUUUCCAACUUUCUUACAGAAGCCGGGAUUAUCAUCAAGAGAAGCCAGACUCGUAUAAGUGCAAAAGCUCAGCGUAAGGUUGCAAGAGAGAUAAAAACCGCCCGUGCAUUUGGGCUAAUGCCUUUCACAACGAUGGGUAGAAGACCAUUCAUCUUUGGUAGAAGUGCAGAGGAGCAUCUUUCGGAGAAUGAAUAUGAAUAUGACUUUGUGGAGCAGAAGGAUGGUGAGCCUGAAGAGGAUAAUGGGAAUGCUGAGCCAGCUGUUGAAGCUGCGUCAACAUUCCCAUAGAAGUAUCCUUUUUUUUUUUCAAGCGCUCCGUUUUUCUGUUACUCUCAUUCGGCCCAGCACCACAUGCCUUCCUGAUGCCCCAUUUUUGCUUUUUCAGAGCAGAGCUCAGCUUUGAAUAAACUGUAAUACACGUGUUAUGUACACUUACAUCUUGGCUCGAUUGUUAUGCCAUGAUUGGGAAAUAUCUCUGGUUUAGGAUGCUCCAGGUUGGAGAUCAUAUGCCAUAUGAAAUGGACCAUGUCAUCAGCACUUUCCUAUCAGUUACUUGUGUUCAA